AUGGACAGCCGGCGAGUCGUAUCGCCGCUUUUCCCGUCUUCGGGGAACCUCCAGAGUCUGCGUUUGGAGUUGAACGACCACAGAAUCGAUUGUUCCCAGACCUCUGUCAUGUCUCCAGUACCUCCACCACCGUCAUUCAUCAGGAGCCGUCCACCAAGCCCAGAACCGUUCAAUUUCAGGUUCAUCAACACCGAAGACCCGGACGACUACGAUAUCCUUCAACGGAUCGGCCUGGGCGGCUAUGGCCAUGUCCAUAAAGCUCAAAACGUCAUCACUGGACGAGUGUGUGCGGUGAAAAUCGUCAAAUUGCAACCCAAAAAGCUUCUGAAACAGUUUAAAGAGCCUGAUCUUCAGUUCCGUAUGUCCCAUAAGAACGUGGCGCUUCUUUUGGGCGUUUAUUGCACGGAAAUGCAUUUAAACAUGGUUCUUCAAUACUAUAGUGGAGGAACCUUAACUGAGCGAAUCAAGCUGGCUCCACAACAACGCGUUAAACAGGCCGAGGCGGCAAGUUAUAUCAGCCAGAUAGCGCUGGGCCUAGACCAUAUUCAUCGUUUGGGCGUGAUCCAUAGAGAUAUCAAGGAAGGAAACAUCUUCUUGCUGAGUAACGGUAUUGUCAAGAUUGGAGACUUUGGCAUUGCCGUAGAACGAGAUCCGCUGGGUUUAAACACUGGCUAUGGCGGCACACGCGGCUGGAUGUCGCCAGAAAUGGUCAAAUCGCUUCCUUAUACGAUAAGUACGGAUAUUUGGUCGCUUGGAGUGGUUUGUUACCGAUUGCUCACGGGCAAAAGGCCGUUUCUUGCUCACGACGGGUCAACCUAUAGCGAGAAGAUCGUUGCUGGAGCGUACCCGAGCUCCAUGUACUUGGAAGGGAUCGCUGGCGAUCUCAUAAGGCGGUUUCUCAAUGUGGAUCCAACGCAAAGGAUAGAUUUGCACGAAACGGAAACGGCCCAGACGCGUGCUUCGCCGUAG